AUGAGAUUGAAUCCGGAACGAAUUGCUGCACGUUUACGGAUUGAGAAAGAAAUUGAAACGGAUAAGUUAGUUAAAAUGGGACGAAAUAGACGACAGCUUGUAACACCUAAAGAAAUUUCAAUUUCUAUUACUGCUCCAUUAUUCUCUAGCCGAUUGUUUGAAUAUGGCUCAGAUGCUGGAGAUCAAGAAUUACCGCGAAAUUUAGAUGUCACAAAAAAGGUCAACCUGAUUUAUCCGAUACGAUUUUAUGGUAUGCAAACAUCAACUAUAUAUAUAUCGAGUAAUGGCGGUAUUGGUUUCAAUUCGAAUGCACAAACCUAUCGACAAAAUAUAUUACCAAGUGAUUUAAAUUUAUUAGCAAUAUUUUGGAAUCGUAACGAUUUACGGAACGGUGGAAGUGUUUAUUUUCGUGAAGUAACAGUGGGACGUGUUCUGGAACGUGGGCAAAGUGAGAUCCGUUAUCAAUAUGAUGAAGUGGUCAAAGUGCAAACAUGUUUAAUAGUUACCUGGGAUAAAAUGCAACCGGUUGGCGCUGCGCCUUUACCCGAAGAUAAUACGAACACUUUCCAAGUAGCGCUAUUUAUUACUGAUAAUGGUACAUAUGCUAAUUUUAUCUACAAAAAUAUUGGUUGGACACAGGGAGCUGAGGCAGGUUUCAACAAGGGCGAUACGAAAGAAUUUUACGCACUUCCAACCUCUGGUACUGGUAAUAUUAUGUAUCUAGAAGAAUAUGGUAAUACAGGAAUUCCCGGUGAAUGGAUGUUCAAGCUUGGCGAUAGAAAUGUGGAACGCUGCAAAUCUGGCAUCAAAGGAGAUACUUGCGACGAAGAAUGCUCAGCUGGUGAAUGGGGUCCAGAUUGUGCAUUAUGUUGUCAUUGUGCAAGUGAUACCUGCAGUGGAACCACCGGUGAAUGUGUUGGUGGCAAAUGUUCCGAAUGUUGGACAGGAUUGCCAACUUGCCAAGAAAAGAAAGAAGAAUGCGAAAUGUUGAUGCAAGAACAUUGCGCCCAUAAUGCAAUAUCAUUUACUGAUUAUGAUCGUUGCGGUGAACCGAUCCAACGAUGUCAAUGUUUGAAAGGAUUCGAAGGUGACGGAUAUACCAUAUGUGAUGAUAUCGAUGAAUGCUUGCAACCAGGUAUAUGUCACGAAGAUGCAAUUUGUGGCAAUACUCCAGGACACUACUUCUGCACAUGUGCGGAUGGAUUCAUUGGUAAUGGAGUAACUGAAUGUAUAAGUUCAUUACUAUACUCAUAUCGAAAACAUCAGGAGUUACCAAAGGAUAGGAAUGCCAGAGUUGUGUUACAGCUUAAACAACCUCUUCAAAUAUUUGGCAAAAAAUUGGACAAAUUAAUGAUUUCAACGUUAGGAAUAAUAUCUGUGGAAGACAGUUCAAAAAUCAAUGUAGGUGAUCAUCUUGGAUCAUCCGGAAUACACGGUAUAGCACCAUUCUUUGCUAAUAUUGACAUCCGGAAAGGUGGCCAAAUAUUUGUGGAGGAAACAGAUGACCCGAAAGUGCUUUCGAGAGCCACAAAGACAAUUGCAAGCAGCAUAAAUGACAAAAAAUUCCAGGCUACAACUGCUAUACUGGUUACCUAUGUUAAUGUUACCAAAGCUGAUCGAACGGGUCCAGGUAGCACCUUCCAGACAUUAAUUAUCAGUGGAAUAAACAAACAACAUCGGAAUGAAACAUAUGCGCAAAUGUUAUACAAGGAUUUACCAUGGAGUGACGGAGCUGAGGCUAGCAUUUUGACGUAUGGCUCAAAAGAUCCAUUAAUGUUACCUGGAUCUGGUACCAAUGAAAUAGUACGCUUAAGUACGAGUAGCAAUAUUGGAAAACCAGGUCAAUGGUUGUAUCGAAUUGAUUCAAACGAUGUACAGAUGUGUCUUCAACCAAAUCUUCAACCACCAUAUUGUGAACAAUACGAAGUUACAGAUGAUGAUUCGAUAUCUGUCACAUCACCAAGAUUGGGAGAGACACAAAUAUCGGAGCAAAUGCAUCAUUCUUCAAUUCCGGAGGUGGAUGAAUCAACCAAUGAACUUGUUGAGAUUCCUGAACCACAAAUAGUUCACCCGGUAGUUAUCGACUCACCACUUUUAUCAUCUCACAUUCAAUCAGCAGGAGAAAUUCCGGAUGAGCAUCAUUUUGGAAGUGUUAAUGGUGAAGAAGAAAGGACGAGAAAUCCGAUAACACCACAUAUACCACUCAUUUCGUUGGAUCGUCACGAUAUCGAAGAUUUACCACCAGAUGCCUUCGAGAUCACAUUCCCACCUUUUGUCACCGUUAUACCUCGACUGUUUACAACUUCCGAUAGUGCGGAGAGAGGAUUACUAUCGAUUCAUCUAAUGGAGAAUGAAACAGAAGAUAGGCAACCAGAAACUUUUGUGACAGCACCAGCAGUAUUAACAACUGAUUCUGUAAUUGACAGCAAUCGUCCUGAAAUACCUCCGGAAACUUCUAAACUAUCGCCAGUAUCGUCAACACAAUCAAUCGAAGAUAUUAGGCCUGUACAGAAAGCUAAACCGGAAGAAAUCGAUUUUAACCACGAUGAACAAAUAAUCAAUCUUUUUCGACCUGAUGAUGAUUCUGUUGAUAACAAGCUUGAAUCGGAUCUAGAAAGUGAACCUUUUGAGAAGAUAAUAUCAACGGAUUUAUCGAUGCAAACUGUGGCUCCGGAACAUAAAAAUGACGAUUAUAUGACAUUAAGUACAACCAGUAAACCACUCUUUAUCUUUACCACAUUACCAAAAAAAAGACCUAUGCCAACCAAACCAAAAUUAGUCUCAGUACAUGGUUCAGCUUUUACAACACAACAUGGACCAUAUGAUGUUCGAAAUGAAGUAAAAAUUGAAGCAUCCAGUAGCAAUCUUGCCGUUAUUAUUCCAACAGCAAUCAUUGCAGUAUGGUUAUUAUUACUUGCAGUUAUAGCAUUGUUUUGCUGUUGUCGGAGAAAGAGAGCGGAACGUCACUUCAGGGAUAUUUAUUUUCCGAAUCAUCAGCAAAUUCAUCCUAUCACGGCAACAUUUGCGAUGCGAAAAGAUUCAAAACAUUUCGAUGGUUCCUACGAGGAUCAUCUUGAAAAAGCAGCACGACUUAGCUCUGAAUUAAAUUCAUACAAUCAGAAUGGUCGUGUAUCGUUAUAUGGUUCUUAUUGGAAUUUAGCCGGUAAUGCUUCUAAUAGUUCAACAAGCGGUUUACCGGCUGGUAGUAGGCAAAGUCCAUUUUCACAGUAUGGUACACAACAGGUAUCUCUACAUUAG